UGAUUUUUUUGUUAUGGUUUCAUUUACUGAAUUUGGCUUUUUCGGGUGGAAUUAGUCAUUUCCUAAGUUCAGCGGUGAAUUUACUCGGAAAAUUUAUGGGCCCAAAGUAYGAUGGCAAAUACUUGAGGUCACUGAUAAAUGGAUUGCUCGGAGAUCUAACAAUUAAACAAACAUUAACCCAUGUUAUUAUUCCAACUUUUGACAUCAAGCUUCUCCAACCUGUGAUUUUCAACACAAUCGAGAUAUGGUCGACUAUCAUAUUUCAUUGCAUUUUCCAAUCUACAAUUUGUGACAAACACUAUCUUCGUAUUCAGGAUGAUACAUUGACUGGUGACGUAUCAUCUGUGGAUAUUGCAACUAAAGAGAAUUUACAGAAGCUUGUAAAUGUGGGGGAGAAUCUAUUGAAGAAACCGUUGUCAAGGGUAAAUUUGGAAUCUGGAAAGUUUGAACCAGUUGAUGAUGGCACCAAUGAAGAAGCUCUCUUUGAAUUUGCUAAAAUGUUAUCAGAAGAGAGAAAGUUACGAUUGCCCUUAAGUCUAUGCAUGGAUUUUUACUUUCGAAUCCUUAUGAUAUGAAUAUUUUGAUGUAUUUUCUCCCAUGUUUGAGUACAAUAAAUUGUAACGGAGUACAAUUUUA